UCACUUUCUGUUGUCUCCAUAUAUGCAAGCACCAACUAUAUAUAACCCCAUAAUCUCAAACCCUUAUUCACAGGCAAACUCUCAUCAAUUUAAAGCUUAGAGUUCUAGUUUCAAUUCUGAUACCUAGAAGGUAUAUAUUCUAGAUCAUAAAAAUGGUUGCUCACCCUCCUCAAUUUGUUUCUUCACUUUCUUGUGAACUAAGAAUCAUAAGAGCCAAAAACAUUGAGCUCAAUAAGUCCAUCAGUAAUGGUGGACUCUUUGUUAGAUACUAUCUCUAUGUAGGCAACAACAAGAGAAUUCAACUGAACACUCAAGAGAUCUCACCAAGCUCUGGUCAUCUCAUUUGGAAUGAGUCCUUCUCAUUGGAGUGUUUAGGAAGCGAAGAAUCCAUUUCCAACUUGAAGCAACAGACUGUAGUUUUUGAGCUGAGAUGGAGAAGAACAACCCCUUCAUUUCUUGGGAAAAAAUGCAAGUCACAACUAAUGGGAAGGGGUGAAAUUCCAUGGGAAAAAGUCCUUGAAUCGCCAAAAAUGGAAGUAGAAAACUGGGUUGUGAUGGCUUCAAAGCAAAGUGAUAAUAAUACUAGGGUUUGUAAUGAAGAUGUUAAGCCUCCAUCUCUCCAAGUAGCCAUGAAAGUUGAAGUUCCAAAGCUGGUGGAGAUGAAGAGAAACGAGAAGUUGAAGAAGAGGGAUGAUCAUCGUGAAGAGUGUGGAUGUGGAGAUGCUGGGGCAUUUCAUUGUGUAGAUUAUGAAUUAUAUGCCCUGAUGGGAGCUCUGGAAGUACUAUAAUUGAUUAGCUUAAUUAGCUAAUUAAGCACUAAAUUAGAUUAUGGU